AUAUGUCAGUACUGUGAUCACGUUGUUGAUAGCCUCAGCGCCAGUUAGUCCAUCUGUCUGCCUCUCUGUCUCCAUUGUUUUUCUUGUAUUCUUUUAUUCCUUCACCACCCUGUACUCUUUCUCCUCCUCACUCUCCUCCUUAUAUUUCCCUCCCUCUCUUCUUCUCCCUUCUAAAUAUCCAUUCUUGAUCACAGACCACUCUAUCUCUUGCCCGGAGCACAAAAAAUUACACGUUUCGUCGUGAAACAUAGAUAAAAGUUUUGGUUUGGAGUAUAGUGCGUCAAAUUUAUUUUUUUGCGCAGGGAUCUAGUAAAAGAAUGACAAUGAGCAACAGUGUAGGGCAGUUUGGUGAUACCACACUGACCAAAGUGUUUGUUGGAGGGUUAGCGUGGGAAACACCAAAAGAGGCCCUGAGAGAGCAUUUCGAAAAGUAUGGUGAGAUCUUGGAGGCUGUGAUUAUUUCUGAUAAAAUCACUGGUAGAUCCAAGGGCUACGGAUUUGUUACGUUCAAGGAGGCUGGAGCGGCAAAUAAGGCUUGCGAGGAUGCUGCGCCCAUCAUCAAUGGCCGCCGUGCCAACUGCAACCUGGCUUCCCUUGGUGCACGCCGCCCCAGGUCUUCAACACCGGCCCCUCCUCAACAAGGACCUAACAUCAUCGCUGGACCGAGGUCCACGCCAGCAGCGCCAGCAAAUCAAAUCCAGUGGUAUUAUCCGGCAGGGUCAGCUGCAGCGUCACCAUUUCACCAUCAGCAUCAUCAAGCCGUUCCUUUUUAUGGAUACUCUCCUGCUUACAUUGCCACAGAUAUCAGUUACAAUCAUAAGCUUAGCUACACUGGCGGGCCCUACAUGAAUGGGCAUUUCUCCCAGGUGUAUCCAGGGCAAGCUAUGGUGGGUGCUAAUACAUUGAUGCCAAUGUACCCUCUUUAUCACGUCCAUCAAUCACAAGCGCUGGGCCUACCUGCUGCCCACAUCUUCCCACCAAACGCGGCUGGUCCGAUGACAACGGUCCCAACUAUCAUGUCCAAAACCCCAUCGAUUGCUCCUCCUAACGCAGUUUGCUUGGCUGUCGAAUAGGUACGGUUGGCACAGGUGAAGGCCUUAAAAGGGUUGGAUAAGAGGGAGGCACUUAGUUGGCAAUAACGAGAGGAGAAGAGAGUAGCUGCUGCAGAACAACGUUAUUAUCAGAUCUGUUGCGGCUCUUCUUUCCAAUUAUUUUUUAUUUUUUUUAUGAUUCUUAGGUGUUUGAUAAGAUUCUUUCAUUCUCUAACAACUCAGCUUGAGCUGUGAACUAUUAGCAUUAACAAAAGUCAUGUGUGUUUGCCCAUGUCUCAUGGCUUGCUUUUGAUGGCUUCAAUGAACUUUUCCACUUUAAAAGCA